GUGAGUGAACAGGCAGAGAAGGCUCGUCAGUGUAAGUCACCGCUCCCAAAGCAUCUAUGACAGCAUGUCAGCGGUAAAUGACGACUAAGCACGUAUUGUGUUGAGGCUAUGAUCGUUUAAAGCUAGUUUAUUGUGUGUCUGUGGAUAAUGUUGGACGGUACCAGCUGAUGAAGUUCACCAGAGACAUCCGCCGACUGCUGGGUUUCGGAGGCGAUGGACCAGGAGAGGAGGAUGCAAUGGAGGGUCAGGAUGGAGCUCCUGGCCCCAAAGAUGGAAAUAAAGUGCCAAAGUCAUCACAGUCCAUGCUGAGUGAUGAGGAAGGUUUGGAUGAUGAGGAGAAAACAAGACGAAGAACCAGGAGGAGGAGAGCCAAAAGGAAAAGGCAGAAGGAACGCAAGAAACUCCAGGAGAGAGAGGAGAGGAUGGGAGAUGCCUCAGAGCAGGAAGCUGAAGUGGCUAGUGGAAUUUCAGAGAGUGACAGUGAACAGGAACUGAAAGUGGAGGAGGAGGAGGAAUGGAUUACAGUUCGUCCCAGGAACAAAAGCAUCCCUGACCCUGACCUGAUGACCACAGAGAACGAGGGAAACCACCAGCUGCCCCACAGGACCUCAGAGGAGGAACCAGAGUGGGAUGUCAGUAGUGCAUUUGUUGCCAACGCUGCCAGCCACAUCAGAUUGAAAGGCCUGAAGACACGGGGACUGCAGAUUUCUAGAGAGAACAAGGAGAACGAAUCCAGUAGCAGCCAGGUGGAGAGCACAGAGGAAAUGAAGAGGAGAGGAGAGUCUCUGACAGUGCAGGGCAUUCAGAUGUUUGAGCGAGGCCAGUACAGCUGGGCUGUGGAUAUGUUCACAGAGGCCAUCCACUGCCACCCCAAGGACCACAGGUUCUAUGGGAAUCGUUCUUAUUGCUACUGGUGUCUGGAGCAGUACCAGUGGGCCUUAACCGAUGCUCAGAGGUCCAUUCAACUGGCUCCUGAAUGGGCAAAGGGAUACUUCCGCAAGGGGUGUGCUCUGAUGGGGUUAAAGCGGUACAGUGAGGCAGAAAAGGCCAUGGAGCAGGUGUUGAAGCUGGAUCCGAACUGUAAAGAAGCAUCCAGUAAACGCUUUACCUGCCAACUCCUGCAACUCACGGAGCUGGGUUUUAGUGAAGAGCAUAGUCGACUGCUGCUGGAGAAGUUCAGGACAGUUCAGGCUGUAGUCACCUCUCCUGAAGCCCAAACGAUGAAACAUUCAGCUCAGGAUGACCAUAGUGGGAACUGUCGAUCUCUGUGGGUUGGCAACAUUACUUUAGAAGUUACGGAGAAGCAUCUGUGGGAUCUCUUCAAAAUGUUCGGUGACAUAGAGAGCAUCAGAGUUCUUCACGAACGUUUCUGUGCCUUUGUCAACUUCCAGAAUGCGAACAUGGCCGCCAACGCUCUGGAGAAGCUUCAGGGGGUGGAGCUGGGCAGCAGCAAGCUGGUGAUGAGGUACCCGGACCGGUGGAUCCAGCGGACCAUGCCCUCCCUUCACAGAACCAGCAGUGGACUCAGCACUGGUGCCUCAGGGACACAGCAGAGCUCAGCCAUCACAGGGACAAGACGCAGGCUGCCUGUCAAUGGAGAUGAGUGCGUUUAUUGGCGGACUACAGGCUGUUUCUAUGGUGACAAGUGUCGCUUCAAACACAUACCAGACCAGCAAGGUCGGGACAAGAAACAAUGACAGAUGAAGAAUGGGACAUGUUACAAGAUGCGUUACGCAGAGGAAAAGUGAUGGACAUAGGAUAAUGGACUGUGAGGAGAAGGAAAUCCAAGAAUGUGAAAGGGAGUGGAGUCUGUGUCUGAGAGUAAAAGUCAGAACUUGUGCCUGGUCCAACCAUCAGUGUCUACAACUGAACCUCAGGAAGUGGUGUUAAUACGCCUUACCAUAACCAAACUGAAAUCACAGGAGACGCUGACGACAUCAUGGAGAUCGAUGUCUGUCAUGGAAAGGUCCCUGUCACUGUGACGAAAUGUUCCCUGAAACCAGAUGCUAAAUAGCCUGAAGAGUACGUUUUAUAUACAUUAAAAUGAAUGAACAUUUAAAUGUUAAAAUAUUUGCACAAAGAAUAAAUAAAUGAA